GCAUUCAAUAGUCAAAGAGAAUAGGAAUAAAGAGAACAUAAAGCCUAACUUCAGAAAUGAUAAAGAGGGAGCAAAUAAGAAGCAACAAACUCAUGAGGACUCAGUGCAUAGCAUGCUGCUACAAAUCUUGGGUAGACUUGACAAAUUAGAAGACCAAAGUAGUUUAUUUCAAACAACACUCACAAGAGUAGCUCUUGCGGAUCACUCCUAA